UUUAUUGUGAUCGCUAUAGUUAUUAUACGAAUAAGAUGAAUCAUUCUGAUAUAUUUACGUUUCAUAACAAAAGGAAGACAAAACAAUAUGUUUCAACAAAGGCUUCGAUUUAAUAUCAUUGAGAAAUUGGGUUAUUGUUUUCCAGCCGGGACUUGACACAAAAGAAUUAACUAUUAAAUAUUUGACUUAUCUUUAACGGCCAGUCCGUCUCUGUUUGAGUAUUAUUAUCGAAGGAAAGUGAGGGGGUGCUAGGUUUGGAUUUUCGGGUUAACAACGCCGAGGUCAAAAACCGACCUAAUGUUGUACCCCCACCACUCCCAAAUAUUGGUCCUACGCAUUGCACACGCAAUAGGAGGGGCCUAAACGCACCACUAUUUUCGUUCAUCGUACGCACUUGUCAACUUUUAUCUUGCGCCGCCUGCAUUCAAAAGCUGCAUUUUACCCUGUUAAGUUGCGUUUGUACAACGUAAGCUAUGCAUUAUUAUCGGGCACCAAGUGUUACGUGAUCAUUAUUUUUUAAGUGUUCAAAAUUGGGUAAUAUGGACCAAAAAAUAAACCCCGAAGAGUCGAAUGCAGAAAAUCAACAGACGAAAUUGACUACAAAUAAGAAUGAAAACUGGCAGAUGCUUGAGAUGGUGGGCUUCUACAACGAGACCUCCCUGUCCGUUUCUCCAAUUCAACCGGUGGUAGAGGAGGUCCCUUUGGUCAAAAAAGUAGUAUGCAGUCCUGACCUUCCACUAACAGAUUUUACUGCAGCUCCAGUAUCUACAAAAUCGACUGAACAGAACGUCUGUAUGAUUUGCCAGAAGAUGUUCAAUAACAAAUCUUCUCUUCAGACUCACCAAAGAAGUCACGGCGUUAAAGUGACUGAAGACCAAUACCGGUGCAAUAUAUGUUCGAAGACUUUCGCCGUACCGGCUAGAUUAACUAGGCAUUAUCGCACACACACUGGUGAAAAACCCUUUAGGUGUGAGUUCUGUAACAAAAGUUUUAGUGUGAAGGAAAACCUGAGUGUACACAGAAGAAUUCACACCAAAGAGAGACCGUACAAGUGUGAGGUCUGUUCUAGGGCUUUCGAGCAUUCCGGAAAAUUACAUCGACAUAUGAGAAUCCAUACGGGAGAGAGACCGCAUAAAUGUACAGUUUGUUCAAAAACUUUUAUCCAGUCUGGACAGCUCGUUAUACAUAUGCGAACACAUACAGGCGAAAAACCUUACGUCUGUCAAGUAUGCCAAAAAGGCUUCACAUGCAGCAAGCAGCUAAAGGUACAUUCUAGGACUCACACGGGAGAAAAACCGUACUCGUGCGAAAUUUGUGGAAAAUCAUUUGGAUACAAUCACGUCUUGAAACUACACCAAGUAGCACACUACGGUGAAAAAGUGUACAAGUGUACCAUCUGUAACGAUACCUUCAACUCUAAAAAAUCGAUGGAGGCUCAUAUCAAGAGCCACUCUGAGAACGUACCGACACCUCCAACAUCAACAUUUUCGAACGAAUCGAGUUGUUCGAGUUUGGAAAAGGAAAUUCGACAGGCACCAUCUACGAGCCCCAUUCCGAAGCAAGAAUCGCCGAUAAAUUACGAUUCAAACAUCAGAUAUUACUUAUACGCCAGAGAUAGGAGUUAUCUUUCUCCUGAUUACGGCGUCCCAUCUUCUGCGGGAGUCGAACUGCUGGCGGCUGCUGCUUCCGUCACCGAACAAGAAGAUAGAUACAGCAAUUCCGAUGUCUUCGACAUGAUAAAGAGUCCUCAAGAUGUAAUAGCAGUUCUUCGACAUCCGGCCUAUCUUACAGCUUCUCCUACCGUCCCUUAUACACCCAUAAACGCAGGAGAUGACAUAAGAAGAAGAGUAGAAGCUGCUCUGGCUGUCGAUGAAAUCCAUUCCGAAGAAGACCCGAUCUUGACACCACCAAGUUCUAAUCCAGUCUCACCAGCACCCUCUCUAUCACCCGAUCCUGAGCUGAGCUUACCGCCGAGGAAGAGGUCGAAAAUGAUUCUAAAAUCAAUGGAGUCUUCAAAGGACCUGUCACCUGUCAGAUACAGCUCGGUGAUACAUUAUGCACGUGCUUCGUAAUCGCAUUAAGUAGGAAUGAAUGUCUUUGUUGCAUGGCGUCCUUAUGUAUAUUCACAGGGUGUUUCGAAUCCGGGUGAAAAUUACUUUCAGCAUCGUUCUAGGGAUACCUACAUAAUGAACUUGAGUACCUAUAUCUAUUAGGUAUCAAAGUGAUAAUAUGGGUGUAGGCAGUUGAAUGGGAAUCAUUCAUUUUUUUCUUGAUAGAAAUACUGGCUAUGCUCAUUAGUCCACAGACUGAUGAUUAUGUUAUUUCAUAGUACUAUAUUAUACACAUUAUUAUUUAUCAUCGUCAUUAUUUAUAUAAAUGAGUAGUUCAGUUCCAAUAUUAUUACAACAUCAUAUGAUAGUAAAACUGCUUGAAAUCAAGAGAAGUUCUGUACGAAUUUUCUCAAAUAUUCCAAUAUGUAUAUGCCGAUGAAAGACGACUCGAUGUUUUCUAACUAGUUGGAAAAAUGUCAGUUUCAAAAUUGAAUGCAGUAAGACAUUUUUGUCUUGAUAGGUAACCGAUCAUGGCAAACACGGUUUUAAAAUUAGGAAUAUCUGUCCCAGAUCCAAAGUUUGCUUCGAAUUCAUUUAGUGAACUCAAUUAUUUGUUGUUUACCGAGUAUUUGAUGAAAGUUUCAAUGAAAAAAUACAAUUGAAAAUUAUUCCUUAUCAGUCAAGAAUGACUAAGUCGGUGAAAUCAGAAUAUCAGAAAAGACCGCAUGUCAAUUCUACAUAUUUAUUGUUCAAUAUCUUUGAAAAAUAGAGUGUUUCAACUGGUUAGAAUAAUAGUCCACCGGCUAUUUCAUAGCAAGUAAAAAUUCUGCUGUAAUAUCGCCUAUAAUAUAUGAAAGAAGCAUUCUUCAAAACACACAUCUCAGGAAUUCAAUCAGCAAGCGUUUGAAGAAUGUUUAUUUCUUCUCCAGAAACAUUAUCCUGAACCUUUAAACAAUAUGUACAGCUUUGAAUCAAGCCAAAAGUUCUCAUUUAUGAAGAUGUCUAGAACAGUGCCAAAAGUAGAUUUUUCCGCUGUUGUGCUGUAAUCAUUUAUGUUGAUGAGUAUUCUAUCGGUAGUGUGUGGAAUAAUUGUUUUUUGUUUUGUUUCUGUGAUAAGACUGUCAAACAACGUUUUACCUCAAAACAGUGCCUGGGGCAUAGCCCUCGCAAUAUACUUCGUUGUGAAGCUGAACUGAGAUACAGUCAGUUUUGAGUAAUUAUUGUUAAUAAUAAUAAGGAAUAGGUGCUGAGGAAAAGGUCAUCUCUAUAUUGACAAUAUGAAAACUUCGUUAGUCAUCAUAGUAAUCGGUUUUUUGUCAUUACCCCUAAUUUCUUGUAAUGCCAUAUUAUAAGGGCUGAUUUAUCAAUUUUCUGAUGAUAAUGAUCAUAAUAAUUGACAAGUCAAGAAAAUUUUCGAAAUUCUGUAUCCAUCCAGUAAAAGUUUAGAUACUUUGGUAUACCUACCCCGCCCAUUUCCUCAAACUGUUGAACUGAUUCGUGAAUCGCCGAUAAGUUGCUACGGAAAAUAUAAAAAAUGGCAACGAAAUUUUCGAGUAAUGGCAGUAUAUAUCUUAAUCAUCUCGCAUCAUUAUUCAUUAUCAGCACCAUGUUAUGAUGUUUAAUCCAUUUUAUUCUAGGAGCAUAAAGUUAAUGAAUAUUUUGUAACUGUAAUUGUUCUUUUUUUUUUCGUUUUUCUAGGUAAAUUGUAAAGUUUUUAUAAUAUUGUGACAUGCGCGUAUUGUGUACUUCGAUCUGAUAUAUCUUUUUAUCCGUAGUUGUCAGAAAGAUCAUGUACCAGUUCUUCCUUUCAAAUGCGACAAAUGAAGGGUUAUUAUUGUAAAAUCCUACCUAUCUUGUGAGGCAGAAUAUGUUAGUCGAAAAAUAUAUUGGAAAUGAAAUGAG